CAAUAAACAGAGAGAAGAAGAAGAAUUGUUUUGCAGGCAUGUCCUACAGGUUCGUUCUGCAUUUGUAGGUUACAUGUUUUGUCUGUGCAACACCAGUAGAUCAAGUGGUAGAGACAUUAUAGGAACCGGUGUCGUUAUUACACGGGGAGAAAGACGAAACCUUUGUCCACACUUCUUCAGUGAUUUAAUGGAUUUAUGAAAAACAGUGAAGACAUUGGAGGCCUAAUUAGCAGCGAGCUAACAUUUGACUGUGGGUUUCAAGAAAACUUAACAUCACACAUCCUCACAACUGGUAAGUGUCCAAGGGAAACAAACACCAUCAUCACUAUGACAGCUCAGGAAGGAGAGGGAUGGGGAGGCAUUAACCUGUCUCCUCACCUGCACACAGAUGAGUGUAAUGUACUGAUAUCUCAGCUGAGGCAGUGCCACACUGAGCACAAUUUCCUGAAGUUCUUCGGCACGUGUAAUGAUGUGGACCGAGCCAUGCGUGAGUGCCUGAAGAAAGAGAGACUGGAUAAGCGGGAGCGCAGUAAGCAGCAUGCACUGGACAUGAAAAAGAGGCUGAAAGAAGGACAUAAGGAGCAUCUCUGAAGGAUACUUUCCAGGAAUGUCGCAGACGGCACCACAAGCUGAAAGUAUUCAGUUACGAUACGAUACAGCUGAUUGUCCCCUUGGGGGAGAAUUUGUCUUGGACUCAAGUGUGGCACACAUUCAGCCGCCUCCACAGCACAAUCAAUAAAUCAGAAGUUAUGGGACAUUGAGUGAAGCGUCAGUGUUUAACACUCCUUUUGCUCUUUUGAUAUCAAGACAGAAGAACGGUAGAAACUUCUGUUAGUUGCAAAUUCAGAGCCAUGUGGGUUUUUUUAUUCACCUGGUCUUAGUAUCAUUUGAAUGUUAACAUCAACAAGUAAAUGGACCUCUUCUUACAUAUUAUUGACAUUAAUAUUAAGAUUCUAUUGUUUUAUUCAACAGGAACAUGCCUGUUUGAUGAGAAUAUUGAGAUCAUAUACCUGCAGUGAUUUGGUUUUCAUGCCCACCAUACUCAGUAAAUGUCCUCUGGCAUGUACCUCCAUAACACUUGAUAUAAUCUGCACUGAUUAGAACUUGCUGCGUUGCCAGAACAUUUUAGCUCGACACAAAAACCAACUAGCACUUUGGAUCAAAGAAUGCUGCUUACCAUUCAUUUCCCCUGUAGUUAGCAGAACACCACAGCUCUAUCAAAGAGAGAAGUGAAGAUGAUGGCUGAACCCCUUUCAUCAAACCAUUAUUUUAUUCAGCAGGACUCCUCAGGAAUAUUGUGGCACCUGAAUAAUUCAUGAUAGGCAGGGAGAGUCCGUUUCAGGGAUGCAUGACAAAGACAAGGAUUUAAAAAAAAAAGAUCCAAAGCCUGACCAGCGGUUUGGAAACUCUCGCUGUGAGCAGACUCAUUGUUGUUUGAAAGUUUAUGCGAACGGGGAAUCAUAUUGAUUUGUGAAGUUCAUUGAAAUAAAGUGUGGGAAAAAAAGUAGA